UUCUGCGAGCAAAGCAAGUAAUUAACGAAUUACGAUGACCAAGUUAAGUACCUGCAAACUGAAGGAAAAUGGAGAGGACAGGAAGGCAUCACUCAAAGGCACGUCGGGACGGUAUGUUAAAAAAAAAGUCGAGGAUUGGUCUAGCUAUUUCGACAUUUUCUGGCGUUAAACUGUUCUCAUGAAAUAUCAUGAGGCAUGCAUACUAUAUUCCGACAUCAUUCAUUUCAUCAUUCAACUUCACUAUAAUUACUUGUGUGACUUUGUACUUUGUGAUUCGUGAUGUUCAUACCACAUGUGUAGUAAAUAUGUUUUGUUUAUAUUAUGGCUUGUGUAAUGUUACACCGCGUGCAUCACGUGCCCUGUAAGCAUCCAUGUGGCCUACUAUAUAUACUACGUGUCGUUUGUGGUGAGGUCUCAAAGCCGAAUUACGAUCUUCCGUCGUAAAUAAUUGUACUACACUUUCCAUUUGUAAUUUCCACAAAAUCGACGAACGCCGAACUGACAUUAAACAAUGGUUAGUCAGGACUGCGGAUUAGUUAACAACGGACAAGAUGAUGUAUUUGUCGUCGACUCAGCCCCAAAUGAAAACGGCUCCGUGAAUACUCAGACGCCGGUAAUGAAGAAUGCUGUGAGUGUUACCAUUGAAUCGAAGGAUGACCAGGAGCGCGAUUCUUGGGGCAACAAAUUUGAAUUCCUGCUCGCCACCAUUGGCUUUGCUGUUGGCCUCGGAAAUGUUUGGCGUUUUCCAUAUUUGUGUCAGAAAAAUGGCGGAGGUGCAUUCCUUAUACCGUAUUUUCUAUCCCUCUUUGUCCUCGGCAUCCCCAUCUUUCUCAUCGAACUCGGUAUUGGACAACGUCUGCGUGCCGGCGCUGUCGGAGCCUGGAGCCAAGUGAGUCUCUUGGGCGGUAUAGGUGUGACGUCGAUCGUCUGCUCCACCUUAAUCUGUAUCUACUACAACAUGAUCGUUGCCUGGUGCUUCUAUUAUCUGUUCAUAUCCUUUCAAGAUCCCCUUCCAUACGAACACUGCCCCAUAACUUCAGGCGGUAACCUAACCGAUCCUGAAUGCCAACGGGCCGGAGCGACGUCGUAUUACUGGUAUCGUAAGACGUUGGAUCUUUCACCUUCCAUUGCAGAGUCCGGUCACAUCCAAUGGCAUCUUGCUCUAGUCUUGUUACUCGCAUGGCUUGUGGUAUUCUUAUGUACGAUGAAGGGUGUGAAAUCGACGGGAAAGGCAGUUUACGUAACUGCAUUAUUCCCGUACGUGGUUCUUGUGAUAUUUUUCAUCCGGGCAAUCACUUUAGACGGCGCCGGGGGACUGAAAAGGAUGUUUACACCGAAGUUUGAAACACUCGCCAACGGUAGAGUAUGGCUCGAAGCAGCUACGCAGAUCUUCUUUUCGUUAAGUCUAUCGUUUGGUGGCCUCAUUGCCAUGUCUAGUUAUAAUCCAGUAAAAAACAACUGCAAAAAAGACGCCAUCAUGGUUUCGUUAAUAAACUGCGGCACGUCCGUGUUUGCAAGCGUUGUUGUUUUUAGUGUUCUUGGAUUCAAGGCAAAGACUGCACGUGACGAAUGUAUUGAGUCUCUUCAGUACAGCAUAUCUGACAAUAAGACUUGUAAAAGCUUAGAUGAUUACCUCAGUGACGUUGCCCAAGGUACGGGAUUAUCAUUCAUUGCGUUUACGGAAGCUAUAACCAAGAUGCCAGCACCUCAAGCUUGGUCGGUAUUGUUCUUCUGUAUGUUGCUCACUUUGGGAUUGGGUAGCAUGUUCGGAAAUGUCGCUGGUAUUGUCACACCAAUUAGGGAUCUCGGUUUAGUCAAAAUAAAGAAGGAAUACUUGACUGCUAUUGUAUCAUUAGUAUUGUUCUUGAUCGGUCUUGUAAUGUGUCUCAACUCUGGGGAAUAUUGGUUGCAGUUCUUUGACUCGUACCCACUCAAUCUGGGCUUAUUGUGGGUCGGUUUCUUCCAGCUUAUUGGAAUGAACUUCGUCUAUGGAACUGAAAGGUUUCGAAAUGACAUUGAAUUCAUGACGGGCUCAAAGCCCAGCUGGUAUUGGUUAAUCACGUGGCGAUAUCUUGGCCCAGUCCUCAGUGUUCUCCUUUUCAUUUUUGGUCUCUAUGAUAUGGGCCGUGAUGGGAUUGGGUAUUACGCGUGGAAACUAGAGAAGGGUAAGACUGAGCGAAUACCGUUUCCGGUGUGGGGCAGCGUGCUGGUAAUAUUGUGCGUUUGCUUUGCUCUACUUUGGAUCCCUUUGAUUGCUGGACUUCGCUUAUUUGGAGUGCGUUGGUAUCGUGCCCAGGUGACGGAUGACAAUAUUCAUGAAACCAUUUCGGAAUUCGAGUUGACCAAGGAAAGUGCAAAGAAUGCGGUUAAAAAUGGUGACGGUAAAUUUGGUAUCAAAUUUUAAAAUCUUUUCAGGCAUGUAAUAUAUAUAUAGGGUUGAUCAAUUGAGACACGGUCUCGUGAUAAAGUUUUUAUGUUUUCAUUUCAAACUGUACAGGCUGUGGAACUGGUGUACUGAAGUUGACAAAGCCCCUUUUCAAAUUUCGUUUCUAUUAUAUUCAAUUGGGGGAAAACAUUUGCACUUGCCAAACGACUACAAAACUUGAUUGUGUCAAUGGUUCCACUGCAGUUGACCCAUGGUUGACGUUGCCAAUGGUUCCACUGCAGUUGACCCAUUGUUGACGUUGCCAAUGGUUCCACUGCAGUUGACCCAUGGUUGACGUUGCCAAUGGUUCCACUGCAGUUGACCCGUGGUUGACGUUGCCAAUGGUUCCACUGCAGUUGACUCAUGGUUGACGUUGCCAAUGGUUCUACUGCAGUUGAUUCAUGGUUGACGUUGCCAAUGGUUCCACUGCAGUUGACCCGUGGUUGACGUUGCCAAUGGUUCCACUGCAGUUGACUCAUGGUUGACGUUGCCAAUGGUUCCACUGCAGUUGACUCAUGGUGACGUUGCCAAUGCUUCCACUGCAGUUGACUCAUGGUUGACGUUGCCAAUGGUUCCACUGCAGUUGACCCAUAGUUGAACCAGGCACUAGUUCCACUGCAGUUGACCCAUGGUUGAGCCUGCCACUGGUAGCAGGCAUGCCAUUAGACAUAGUAAUUUCAACAAUUUUAAUCUUUCGCCGCCAUUUUUUAAAUGGAUUGCGCAAGGAAAGCGUUCAUCGGCGAUAGUGUAAUAUUUUAGAUAGUAUUUAAGUUAUUGUCAUCUCAUCAGUUCAUCUCGUAAAUGAGCUUGUGUUGAACGCCGGAUCUAGCCGUAUAGGUUUGAUUUUCAUUCAGUACAAAUGCUUUUUGCAACCAUUUGUUUCUAAAGGCUGAUUUCCAUUCAGUGCAAAUUGUCGCGCGAUCGACUUUUUCCGAUCACUUUCUUUUCAAUUGUAAGCUCUCGACCGGAACAGUUUCACACAAUUGCUGCACACAAUUCAAGAGAAAGAGAUCACAAAAGAAUUGCACUGAAUGGAAAUCAGCCUUAAAAUGCACUCGUUAUGCUCAGAAUGGAAAUCCGCCUUUAGUCAAAAUAAAUUAUAUGCGCCUAAUUUCAAUUAUAAAAACCUACGAUACUAUUGGUUUGCAACUUCUAAACAAUAGGAUCUUAUCAAUUGGACUAGGUAUAAGGAAUCUUGAAAAGUUAAUACAUUUAGUAUAUCCAUACAAUUUAUUUUGCCUAAGGCUGGAUCACUUGAAUCCAUUAAUCUAUCAUUGUAAAUUCUUGUAUAUCCCUGUAAAUCGAUAUGAUUGCUUUUAUGGCAUUUUUUUCUUUCAAAAUUGCAAGUUGUAGAUAAAAAAUCUCGAGUUCUUAAAAUGAAUGUCAAGUAUCGAGAAGAAAUGAUCUGCUCAACUGGUAGUUUCGGCUUUUGUUGAAGCUAUAUGAAGAUAAUUGUCUUUCCUAGCAUUACGAUGGACGGUUAAUCUUUGCAUUCCGUUUCAAAAGUUUGCCCAACUUCAAUGCACAAAUAUAAACGUCCCACUGACAAUCAGUUCCACUGACAAUCAAAUAAAUUCUCUAGAAAUUAUCAUCGACGUGUGGUUUGGCAAUGAUUCAAUUGUAUAUAGUCAAUUACCAAUUAUAAAUGAUAUGAAUAUGAUAAUAAAUAUGCAUUGUAAAUACGUUUUUCCGUGAUCGCGCUUCUGAUUAAAAUAAAUUCUGUGUAACGAGA